AUGGGAAACAUAACCAAGCGAGGUGGCAGGGCGCCGGUGGCCGACAAGGCCCAGGAAGAGGGCGCGGUGGUGGCAGCGCUUCACACCAGACUCUACGAAGCCAUCAUGAGGGAGGACUGCGCCGCACUCCAGGCUCUGCUCAGAAGCCACCCCGUCAACCAGCCCAUGACCAUCCGGGCCACCUCCACCAGCUACAGAUUACUCCUGAACCAGCAGACGCAGUCCAUCAUCCCCAUCCACCUGGCCGCUGAACACCACAAGGCACAGAGUUUGCUUUGUUUGUUAGAACAUGGCGCAAACCCAGAAGUAAGGGACACGAGAGGCCUCACCACACUGCACCUGAUGCUCCUGCACUGGCCCAUCACCUCUGCCACGUGGACAAAGCCAGGGAACAGAAUCCAAAGGAUCCUGACAGACAUCCAGAGCAACGCCGUCCUCUGUCUCCGCAUCCUGUGCGAACACGGGGCCCAGGUGAACGCGCGCGUGGACAACAGCCACAGGCACUCCCCACUCCACCUGGCCAUCACCUAUGGGACCCACCUAGUCCUGCCCAUCCUGGCCCAGAACGGUGCCCAGGUCAAUGCCACGAACGCGUCCAGCAUGACACCCCUGCACAUGGCUGCAGACACACUGAAUAAGGACAUGAUGGAAACGCUCAUUGCCUGUGGGGCGAAUGUCAACUGCGCCGUCUCCUCCACGGGCAACACGGCCCUGAAGCUGGCGGUGUGCACCGCGUCGAGCAAGGCCGGCCGGCUGCUGGCCGCGGGCCUGGGCUGCAUCCGCCUGCUGCUCGUCCACGGAGCCCAGGUAGAUGCCCGGGACCACGAGGGUCAAGCCGCGAUCCACGAGGCGUGUUUUGGAGGCAGAGAGGCAAUAAUCGAUCUCCUGCUCGAAUUCGAAGCCAGUGUUAACGUAUUAACAAGAAAUGGGGAAUCUCCCAUAUACAUGUACCUUCAGCGCAGUUCCAACCUAAGAGACACAGCGCUUCUCGCCAGGCUGCUUCGCCGCUCUUAUCCUUUGAGACUGACCAAUAACCAAGGGGUGCUACCUGCAGGGAUUAUGCUCCCGGAAUUCCACCUCCUAAGGGAAACCCUAGUAAAGUUAUCUCAAAAACCCUUAACCCUAGAGGAUAUCUGUAAAAGAAAUGUCAGAAACAUUUACGGGGAGAAACACAAACAGCACUUGAAACGACUUCUCCCGGGGAAGAUCUGGAAUUCUGUAUACAGUUAUGACUUAGCUCACCUCCUGAAAUGA